AUCAACGAGACAAGCGCCUAUGAAUUGGUUGAACUCGUUCGCCUGUGCCGACGCCUUAGUGCAAGGUUUCCCAAUCAAAGAUGUGUUGAAUCAAAUGAACCUGCCGGUGCAGAAUCAGUUGUAUCCCUUUCUUUGGCACUACCGGAAUCUAAGGCAUCCGAGUGCCAUAAUCAAGUUGCUUUUGAGCUUCGGCUUCUUUGCGAGGCCAUCUGCGCACAUUGCUUGUCACGUGUUGAGGAAGUGGCGGGCCUGGACCUUACUUCAUUGCUAGAAUUCAUUUAUUUCUGCGGACCUCUUCUACCUCAAGCAGCCUCUCGGGCGAGCCUUCUUCGUCGGUUGGACUUGGCUAUUUGCCAAACACGCCGAAAAGGACGUCUCAUUGAUAGAAGCCCAAUGCGUAUGGGACUUUUCGCAGUCCUCUGUCUACUUCAGCUGAAAAUGGGGCAAAUUGAGCCUCUACUUGUAUAUCGGGCAUCUCUCCUUGAUUACUAA